AUGAAGACCACAUUGCUACUUGGAGCUAUUACAUCCCUUGCUAGUCACGCAACAGCCUUCUACGGCCAGAUGGCCGCUAGUGGCUAUAUCGACAUCAACGGAUUCCCUUACCAAUACGUUUACCUCACCGAUUACAACACUGGAUCUACCUACCAAGGGUUGACUACACCUGGCUUCAAUGGCUGUACUGAUGUUCACUGCGGUAUCUAG